UCUAAUCUCUCUCUAAUGUUUGUAAACUUGCUUUUAGAUAAAGACGAGUGCCAGAUAGGAGCCACCAAGAUCUGUGGAAAUCACACGCUGUGUCACAACACAUACGGAAGUUUUUACUGCGUUUGCCUGGAUGGAUUCCGGGCCUCUAACAACAACAAGACAUUUAUUCCCAACGAUGGCACCAACUGUACGGAUAUAGAUGAAUGUGAAGAGCCUGGGCUGUGUGGUUACAAUGCAAGGUGCGUCAAUACUGAAGGAAGCUAUGAAUGUUACUGCAAUGAUGGUUAUAAAUUAGAAAAUGGAGAGCGUUCUUUUCAUCCAAAUGCGAGCAGUUCUUUGUGUAAAGAAAUUAGAUGUGGCUCUCCUCCCGAAAUGAAGCACGGCUACAUUGUGGGGAACUACAGCCUGGUACCAGGAAGCACGGUUCACUACGAAUGUAAAGAAGGGUUUUACAGCAAUGAGGGAAAGUCCUCGUACUGCACUGCGGACAAAGCUUGGGAGCCUGCCACUUUGAGCUGUAAAGGUGUGGAUUGUGGAGUUCCACCUUCUAUCUUAAAUGCACGUCAAGCAUCUCUAAGCGGGACCAUGUAUGGAAGUGAAGUUACUUACAGUUGUGUUCAUGGUUAUUUUAUUGCAAGUGGCAAUCAGACUGCAUUCUGCAAUGCUGAAGGACAGUGGGAUGGUGCUGAUUUGGUGUGCAAAGAAAUAGAUUGUGGCAAACCUUUGCUGAUUCCACACACAGAAAUAAUCUGGGACAAUUCUACCACUCUACUGAGCAGAGUGUUCUAUAAGUGUAAAGAAGGAUAUUAUUUCAGUGGAGAGAGGAAUUUUUCAGAAUGCACUCUGGACCAGAAGUGGGAGAGUAUUACAUACAUAUGCAAAGAUUCUGCAAACAACAGUGGAGCACUGGGACCUGAACUGAUGGAGGCUGAGGACAUAAGGGUGCAUCAGCACUGGGUUGCAGAAGAGGAGGAAUUAUUCAGUAAUUUGACCGUAUUCAAUGAAACUUGUGUAAAAUGGCAAAUGAGAACUGGAAGACUGGAAGUGCAGAAAACUUACACAUUUCAUAUUCUUGGCCGAAGAUGGGAUGAAAAGACAUUCUCAGAAGAUGUGAUACUUAACAUCACUACGAGUGAAGAUAAUCCAAAGGUGUGUUUAGACCUCAACUCUGGCAGUAACUACGUGGUGAAUAUUACUACCAUCUCUUCCGCAAACAUACCUGUUUCAGUUACAGUAGCAGUUCAAACAAAGGUAAAGGAAGCUUUCAAUAACGUGUUAAUUUUUAAUGAUACCUGCCUGAAGUGGCGGAGAAAUGUAAGGGGAGCUGAUAUGGAAGACAGAUACUUAUUUCACGUGCAAGGCCAGCGUUGGUAUCAGAAGGAGUUCUUGCAUGAGAUGACCUUCAACCUUACCACACGCAAGCAGGCUCCAGAAGUUUGUUUUGAUUUGCAGCCAGGCACCAAUUACUCCAUUAAUAUUUCCAUGGUAGCUUUGAAUUUUUCACUGCUGGUUUCCUUGACAACGCAAAUCACAGAUCCCCCUUUCCCAGAUAUAGAAUUUGUUGCUGCAAAAGGCUCUGCACCAUUGCUCAGACUCCGGAAAGCAGAAGAUCGAAAUGGACCCAUCAGUCUUUAUCAAAUGAUUGUGCUUCCACUUGGUUUGCAAAGUGCUUUUGUUUGUGAGUCCUUUGCCACUGCAACUUUCUUCAGCAACACCACUGUCGCUAAGGGAUAUGUGGCAGCUGAAUUUCGGGCAAAGGAUGUUGCUGAUAACAUGUCAGUUGCUCUUGGAGACAGACAUUACUACGGAAAGUUUUAUAAUGCUCCUUUAAAGCUGGGCAAAGAAUACUGUGUUUUUUUGAGAAUAAUAAGCGAGUGGAAUAAGGUAAGAACACAGUCCUGUGCUGUGUGGGCACAAAUUAAAAAUUCAUCAUCCACCCUUCCGUACAUGACUGCUGUUGUGUUAGGGUCGGUUGCUGCUGUCUGCCUUAUACUGUUCUUGUCAUUCUUAGCAGCACGCUCUUAUCUCUACAGGACAGUGCACUCCCCACCUGCUGCUUUAGCCUGCGAUGGUGUACGUUUAUCUGCUACCAUGGACACUGCACAAGCAUCAUCAUUACUAGAGACUGAAAUGUCUCUGUUCUCUAAGGCGGUAUCCCUUGAAGUCAGCAUAGAGAAAAUGCAGCCUCCUUACCAAAGCCAACAUCGGUCAGGAUGUAUCUGUAAGGCACAUCUGUACUAUAGCAUUGACAUUUGAAAUCUGUUUGUUAUUGAGUUGUUUAUUGUAUCCCCUUGUUUUCAGACAGUGUGGUGUAUAAAGAACCUCCUAUCACAGAUGCAUUGUGUCAGAGACAUUAGCAUGCAUCUCAUGUGUUUGGCCACACAUUUAGCUAUUCCAGCCACAUGGGCGCCUGGAAAUGAGCGUGUUUAUUAUACCUGAUUACACAAAUAAUCCCCUGAUCCAACAGAGACUAUCUGAAGAUCAACUCCUGCUUUCAGUGCCAGAGAGAACAAACUGACCCACUAUGAGAGAAGAUGCAGAUCAAUCCUAAUGGCAGAUAAAGUUCCUAUUGUGUUUCCCAGUAAAAAGGUAGAUUUUAUUAGUUACUUAUGGAUAAUGCAACUCCAGUAACAAGUACAGAGCUUUUAGAGACUUGAAAUAGUGUCAUCAGGAGGUGUGUUCCAGAGCUAUUGCAAUUGUUGCUCUUAGCGAUUAGUAAUAAUUGCAAAUAGUAAAAAAGAAUAGCUUUACUGGCAUGUGAAACUGUUCUAAAGCAAGAGCUACCUGUCUUAGACACAGUUCUACUUUUUUAAUCUCUGUUUUAUAAUUGCAACUGAAUAAAAACUUUAAAAUUA